AUGACCUUACUUUCGCGGGGGUUUAGUAACCACGACCUUGAACCGGAAGUGUUAGAGAACAUGAUGCGUCUGCUGCCAUGGAGGAGAGCCACAGCGGGGUCUUUCAUCUCAAGGCUCUUUUUACAGCCAGGUCUUCUAGAUAAAAUCGUAGUUAGCACCGCAAGCAGUAUACAAUAUAGUACAGCCGGCAGAGGUAACCAGAAGGCACGGUUCCAGAUGCCGCCACCAACUGUAAGAUCCGACGAACAUGGAAGACGAACCCUGGGCUCUCUCUCUCAGCGGAACCCAGAUCGUCUUGUUUGGGUCGACUUGGAGAUGACGGGAUUAGACAUUGUUAAUGACACAAUUCUAGAGAUAGCUUGUUUGAUAACGGAGAAAGAUCUUCAGAUUGUGGCAGAGGGUCCAGACAUAGUCAUCCAUCAAAGCAAUGAGGUGCUCGAUAACAUGGGGGAGUGGUGUACAGAACAACAUGGCAAGUCUGGUCUAACUGAAGCAGUGAGAAGCAGUAAAGUGAGUCUGCAAGAGGCUGAGCAGAUGGUCCUCGAUUUUGUGAAAGAGUAUACACCCAAAGGAAAAUGUCCCUUGGCAGGGAAUUCUGUUGGGGUAGAUAGGAGCUUCAUAGAAAGGCAUAUGCCCCGGCUGGCAGAGCAUUUGCACUACAGGGUUGUAGAUGUGAGUUCAGUGAAAGAGCUAUGCAGACGCUGGUAUCCUGAGGACUUGAGCCAAGCCCCUGUUAAAAAGGAGACACACAGAGCCAUGGAUGAUAUACGAGAAAGCAUUUGUGAACUGCAGUUUUAUCGCUCCACCAUUUUCAAGUAA